CAGCAAUUAAUAAAUGUGUGGUUAUGUGUCUGUUCGGCAUUUAAUAAAUACACAUCAUAAUUAUUUUUUGUAGAAGGAAUAGAUAUGUUGACAACAAAUGAGUGCUUAAAUUUAGACGAUUAUGUGUUUAAAAGUUCCCCUGAAUCGUGCAGUGGCAACUCUUGUUACACAGACUGCACCGAUCUUCCGUCCGAUGAAGAUUUUCUUCAGCAAUUAUCAUCAGACUUAGACAUACCUCUUCUACUAAAUCCCGGAGAAGAUGAAUUGAGUUUACUAAAUUCUUUUUUUGACAAGACUCCUGAAGAGAUAAUGUCGGAAAUCGCCCUUCCUUCAUCGCCCAGCGACGAUAUCAGCGACGCCACCAAGUGGGACUCCGAGUCCUACUCCAAUUUAUGCUCAGAAGUCAAAGUUGAACCUGACAGUUGCAGUUCAUCAAGUUCAAAUAAAUCAAAUUCGCCGGUGCAAUCACCUGAUGACGGUGUGAGAUUUUUCGAAAUUAAAGACGAACUAAAAAACGAACCUCAGUCACCUAAUGCAGAAUUUGACUCAAACAUUGUUGUCCAAACAAUACAAAAUUCUUUGAAAUUAUCACCCAAUAGCAAAGCAGUUACCAAACGAGUUCCGAUCCAACCCAAACUAACAGCAAAAAGCAAAGUAGUCGUGUUGAAAAAUGCCGAUUUUAAAAGAAGUGCCCCCACUGUGAGCCCGCCACCGCCAAAAGUCGUUGUUUUGGAAAAUAUCGCCACUGUUCCUAUUACUACAGUUGCUCAAUUAACGCCAACAACUUUGAGCAAUCCUGUUAUAAAUAAUUGCACAGUUCCGCCUGUUAUUCUGAAAGGAAGUAAUAAUUUAGCAUUAAAUGUUUCAAAUAUCGACCCAAAAAUUCUAAAGAGGCACCAACGCAAAAUCAAAAAUCGCGAAUCGGCUUGCUUGUCACGAAAAAAGAAAAAAGAUUACUUAACAUCACUGGAAAAUCAAGUCAAAGAAUUAACAACGGAAAACCAGCAACUCAAAUUGGAAAACCAACAAUUAAAAGAGCGCUUGAAAAAAUACGAAAGCAAACCGUCACAAAACAGCAAUAUAAAAACAAGCAUUGUUUUGUGCAUGUUCCUAUUUUCCGUGGCCUUUAAUUUGGAUUACGUCAGAAACCCAUUUUUUGCCAAAAACCAAGCAAAUUUGAUUAAAGACAAUUCACCCAAAGUUUUAGACAAUCAUGGGAGAAAGUUACUGUGGGCUCCUGGCGUAGAAGAGAAAAACAGCUCAAGCUUUUCACCUUUUUCCAUGUGCCCUGCUUCAAUUAACCAAACCGAGAGUGCGAGAUUAGCGUUAGAAUUGGAAAGGUGGAUCGGAAAACCAAAAGAAGUCCAUGAAAAUGUUUCACCAAAUGCGACACGAUUAAGUGUCCCAAAUAAUAAAUCGCGUUCUUUGCGUAAGAAGAAAGCAAAAAAAUAUGAAACUCCUUUCAUUUCGACAAUGUACGACACUCAAAGUGUCGCUAAAAAACUCUCAGUUGAGACAAAUAAAGAACUUCAAGUUUUUUCACCAACUCCUGAGCAACUUUAUAGCGAAUUUUUUGAAGCGAUAAAUCGGCAGGAUGACACUUUUUAUGUCGUAUCAUUCAGCGACCAUCACAUGUUGUUGCCAGCUCUUCACCACAAUAAGACUAGGAGACCGAAAAUGUCGCUUAUAAUGCCUUCAGUUUUGCCCAGUGAAAAUACGACUCAACCAAGUUUGGUACCUUUGAUGCAAAUCGAUUGCGAGGUUUUGGAUACGAGAUUAAUACAGAUAAGGUAUGGGUCUAUCCCACAACAUUUACGAAAACACGGAAAUGCAACAUAUCAGAAUAAUGAAAGUGUGACUAAACCGAGUGAAACUGCGUCGAAUUAUACAGCGAGGAAAGCCUACAAGCCUUAUUUUAUUAAACAAAAAACGGUGAGGUCCAGUGAUCAAGAUUUUUAUAAUAUACGUUAAGUUUCAAAAAACCAAAAAUUUGUAACUUAGGAUUUUUGAUUGAAAUUGUGAUAUAAUUUGUAUGGUGGUCUCAAAUAAAAUUGUUUCAGGAUUUUUUAAGAUAGAGGCUGUUUGUACUAAGCUCGUCAAUGCAAAUAGAGUAAUUAGAGGUGGUGGAAUUUAAUUUGCUUUUUGUGUACAUAUUGAUUUUAUUUAGAUGUAAUAAUUAAUUUUUCUGCAUUUCUUGUAUGACAACUACAACCGUACCUUACUUUUUGUAAAUUUUUAUUAUACAUAAGUUUAGGAUUGUGUGACUGCACUUUUUUUGUAUUUUUCUUUGACUGAUUUUUUUGAUUUGUAUAAACGCUGGAUAUAAUUUAGCGGUAAAUAACAAAAGAAUUACUUCGUACUAAUUAAAGAAAUUUUAUGUAGCACUUAAUUUUACCAUAUGUCACUGAAUGUUCAAAUGUUUGACUUUCAUAAACGAAAUAACACAAA